GCUAUUGUUUAUCAUAUAAAUGUCUUAUCAUUGACCUACUGGCAGUUUUUGUUAUUAUUGAAAGAGAGUCAACAUGUUUACAAGCAACAUGUGUGUUAUAGUUAUAAUUGCAAGCACCAUCAUAGGGAUGGUGACAAGUCAGGGACAGGCAGUGGCGUUUUCGGCUGGAGUGUCAAGAGAUCAAACUUUACUGCAUGCUGAGACGAUCGUGUAUGAUAAAAUAUUUACAAACAUUGGUGCCGCCUAUAAUUCCAGCAGCGGCGUCUUCACUUGCCAAACACCCGGUUAUUACGUUUUUCAGUUUCACACCCUAGCACGUCAAGAUAAGUCAGCGUGGCUGGAGCUGUACAAGAACACAGAUUAUAUUUCCACAAUCUUUGGUCAUUCAUCUAAUGAUUAUGGUAGUGCUGGUAACACUGCAAUUCUUCUACUAGCAACAGGAGAUCAGGUCUAUGUAAAAGCCGUUGACAGUAGUUUUGGUGUGAACACGGAUCUAUACGGUCAGCCAGACGAGGUUUAUACAAUAUUUAGUGGAUAUCUUGUGCAUGCAGUAUGCAAAAUGAUUGCGUUAUUUGUUGCUUGUGUGACUUUGGGAUUAGUGGCCGGACAGGGAGAAGUGGCCUUCUCAGCUGGACUGACACAUGAUCAGAAUAUAUUGCACGCAGAAAAUGUCGUUUUCGACAAAGUGUUCACGAACAUUGGUAACGGCUAUGACGCAACUACAGGGAUAUUUACGUGUCCAAUGGCCGGAACUUACACAUUUCAGUUUCAUACACUAGCUCAUCAAGAUAAAUCAUCUUGGUUAAAUCUGUACAAGAACAAGGUUUACAUUGCCUCCAUAUAUGGUCAUACAGUUAACGAUUUUGCCGGAGGUAGUAACUCCGUUGUCCUUCCAUUGGCUUCUGGAGAUACGGUAGAGAUCAGGGCAGUGGAUGGAUCUUACGGUACUGACACCAACUUGUACGGUCAACCUGAUGAGAUCUACACAACAUUUAGUGGCUAUCGAAUUUCAUCAUAAAUAUGUAGCAUUGAAACUGGACAAUAAAAAAUUCUUAACAAACCA